AUGCCCCUCGCAUUUGGACGUCAAACAGGGGGAGUGCGGGAUCUCAAAACGCCGCCCUCGGGUUUUCCCCUCUUCCCCCCCUCGGGCGGACGUGUGAUAUCGUUGCGCAACCACAUGGUGUUCACCCCCCUGCUGGCCUCCACCACCGUGGGCACCCUGGACCCGCGGUCCGUGACGGUCCACGUCACGCAGAUCCAGCGCGCCCUGUACUUGCCGCAGAACCAGUUCUACGUGGCGGACGCCACGUCCCUGGACCCUGAGGCCCGGCUGGUGCACUGCCGCUCGGAGGACGGCAAGAGCUUCCAGAUAAAGUACGACAGGCUGGCGGUGUGCACGGGGUCGCAGGGCAGCACCUUUGGCGUGCCGGGCGUGGAGCGGCACGCGCACUUCCUGCGGGACGUCAAGCAGGCGACGGAGAUAAGGAGCCACCUCAUCAAGAACAUCGCCAGGGCGGGAAUUCCAGGCACAACCACAGAGGAGUGGAACCGCUUGCUGCAUGUGGUCAUCGUGGGAGGCGGGCCAACUGGUGUUGAAUUUGCGGGUGAGCUGUGUGACUUCGUAAAGGAAGAUCUGUCGCGGGUGUACCCAAACAGAGCAAAGUCUGUGAGGGUCACAUUGAUUGAGGCAAGGGAACUGCUGGGAUCGUUUGAUGCCUCUCUCAGAGAAUAUGCAGUGAGGAGGCUGGCGAAGCAGGGCGUGAAGCUCAUGAAGGGCGUCGUGAGCGAGGUAACGCCUCAGACGUUGAAACUCAAGGACGGUGACGUGCUGUCUUACGGGUUGUGCGUGUGGAGCACGGGCGUCGGGCCCACUCCAUUCGUAUCUGCUAUGCCUUUCGUGAAGACCAGCCAAGGAAGGUUGGCGGUGGAUGACCGCCUGAGGGUGAUGGUGCCACCAAAGGGCACCGCGCUGCCGGAUGUUGACGUGGUGUCGAUGACAGCGGACGAGACGCUGCACAUCGCUGGAAGCGAAGAAGAACUGGAGCCGGUGGACGGGGUCUACGGACUGGGCGACUGCAGCGCAAACCCGGCGAAUCCACUGCCAGCCCUCGCGCAGGUCGCGGAGCAACAAGGCAAGUACUUGGCCCGGUGCCUGAACGCCCAGGCCAAGUCCGGGACCUCCCCUGAGCCCUUCCAAUACCGGCACCUAGGCUCCAUGGCCACUGUGGGAGGCACGUCCGCCGUGCUGGAGAUCAGCAGCCCCGUGCGGUACAGCAUGAGGGGCUUCAGCAGCUGGCUGGCCUGGAGGUCGGCGUACCUCACGCGCCUCGGCAGCAUCAGGAACCGCCUCUACGUCGCCUUCAAUUGGACAAUCACGCUGCUGCUGGGCCGGGACCUCUCUCGAUGGUGA